GUCCGUCACUGUGGGCCGUUGCGGACGAAGACAGCGGAACCGCUCAGUUCUUCCAUCAUGGCCGCCGAGGAGGUGGCGGCGGAGGCGGCGGCGGAGGCGGCGGAGCCGAGCGGCGGCCUCCUGCAGGAGAUCUUCACGUCCCCGCUGAACCUGCUCCUGCUGGGCCUCUGCCUCUUCCUGCUCUACAAGAUCGUGCGCGGCGAGCGGCCGGGCGGCGGCGGGCAGGACGACGACGAGCCCCCGCCGCUGCCCAAGCUGAAGCGCCGCGACUUCACCCCGGCCGAGCUGCGCCGCUACGACGGCACCCAGGAGCCGCGCAUCCUCAUGGCCAUCAACGGCAAAGUCUUCGACGUCACCGCGGGAAAGAAGUUCUACGGGCCCGAGGGGCCAUAUGGGGUUUUUGCUGGAAGAGAUGCAUCCAGGGGGCUUGCAACCUUCUGCCUGGAUAAAGAAGCCUUGAAAGAUGAAUAUGAUGACUUGUCUGACCUCACUUAUACACAGCAAGAGACCUUGAAAGAUUGGGAAUCGCAAUUCACAUUUAAAUUUUUUACCUUUAUGCAGCAUCGUGAAAAGUGUGCUACAUGGGGAAACCUGUCCAAGUAUCAUCAUGUGGGCAGACUGCUGAAGGAAGGGGAGGAGCCUACAGUGUACUCAGAUGAUGAAGGACCAAAAGAUGCUAAUGAUCGAAAGAAGACUAAUGGAUGCAGUGAGGAAAAAUCUAUUUUUUAUAUAUUCCUGAAUCAUUUGGUAACGUUCCAGGUCUGUCUCUAAAGAAUUGUGAUUCCAAAAAUAUUUAGAAAAGCUUUGAACUAGCUGUGAAUUACAUACAUAUGUGUAUACAACACACACACACCCACACACACACACACCCACCCACCCAUUUGGACCAUUGAUAACAUGGAUAAGACCAACUUCCUACUUUAGAAUCUGCAUGAGCUGAAUGUGAAUACAGCUAGAGGCAUUUCACAUUCAGGAGUGAACUGCAAUACUCUAAAAAUGCUAUUGCUUGCUUUUCUUCAGUCUGUGUAGUAUAGGCACAGGCAAAGCCAAGACUUCACCUUAGGCGUCAGGUAAGCCUGAUAUUUUGUAUGAAUUUAUGCAAAGUAAGUGUUAUGCAAAUGUCUAGAGAAUGAACAAUCUGUUUUAGACAUGAUCUGGUUCAGGGAGAUGAAAUACUCUCCUUCAAUUGGACUUGCUGCAUGAAUUCUCUCUUUUCUUUGCCUCUAAAGCAAAUCCACAGUGUUACAGAGGCUUUUAGUGUUGAUAUAAUGGGGCUGUUCAUAAUGAAUCCUCAAAGCCUGAUAAAGUUGGGGAAAUGCUUGCCUACUUUUUGCUCCCAGAAUGAAGAGGGGCUAUAUUCCAUGAACUAAAUACACAAUCUUAGUUGUUCCAAUUUCUCUGUUGUUUGGCUCUCAUUGUAAUACUUGGUCUGUCGUAAAGGCCUGGAUCCGCAGUUCAUAGAACAGGUUCUUAAGACAGAAGUGACUUGACAGAGGAAUGAGACAGCAGCCUUCUCUUGCAAUGAGGUAAUUUGAAGAUGCAGUCCAACAGAACCCGGGUCUAUGAGCACAUUAAGGAAACAAUCGUUUUAAUGCUCAUCCAAAAAGUUAUUGGACCUAUUAAGUUUGUGGAACACUGAAUUUGCAGGGAUGUCUUACUAAACUUCUUUCAGAAGUGAAUUCCUUCCCCUCCCCCACUAUUGCUUUUAUUUUUCAGCCUGGAAAAUUAUCCUUUAGAAUCGGGGAAGUAUAAUGCCUUUAUUGAUAGUUCUAAAUAAAAAGCAUGCCACUCUAAGGAUAUGUUGUGUGAGUAUGUGCAGGUACUCGAUUCAGAAUUACAGAUAUAUUAAACUUCUAGCCUCACAGGUAAGAACUUUCAACCUCCGUUUCACUCUGAGCUGGGGAGAGAACUGGCUUAAGUAACAGAUUGAGAAGGAAAAUUUAUGCCAAAUAUAAGGGAAGCCCCUCUAGUGAGAUCUGAAAUACUGUGUUUAAGGAAGAUGCUUUACAAGUAGUCUAGAAGAACUGAAUAGUAAAUUGUAUAAGAGGCACUGACAUCCCCCUCUCUGUGCCCUGUCUAAAAUGCAUGAACUCUGUUACUGAUGUUCUUGAAAGGGAUAUAGUUGGCAUGUUCAGACACUAGAUUUUGCAAGUAACAGUUUUUAAUCCAGAGAGCAGCAUCGAAUGCCAGUAUCAGCUGUGAGUCUCUGAAAGGGAGCCCUUAAAGUUUUUCUCCCAGCUUUGUGGGGGUUGUGCCAGAGAUUUUAUAUGGAGGUCAGGUUUCACAAGACUCUGGCUAAGGUAAAUGUCUUCAUGAGAGGCUCCCCUGCCUUUUCCAUGACAGGAAACUUUGACAUAUCUCCUUAGGUUUGGAGGACCCCCCCCCCCACCUUUUUCUGUGUCAUUUAUUUUACAUUUAUCAAUAUUCCACUUUGGAAAUGUUAUGUCACAGGUUGUCAGUAGCAAUGCUGACUCCUCUUCAUGGUACAGAAUGGAAAAGAGUUAAUAGGCUUAACUACAAACCAAUCAUUUUGCCUAUAGUGUUUUGUAGAAUGAAUAGGUUCGAGGUUGCUUUGAUUCUUUGGGUUUUGGCCUACUUCUGUUGCACAACCUUUGGGUUAAGGGUGCUCUCUAGUAGCUCUAGGGAGUUUGGCCCUUGGUGACUUAGAGUUGAAGCUGCAGUCUCUUCCCAGUGAUGCAACAGUGUUUGCCGGCAGAUUAACACAAGGUAGGGAAUAUGAGCAUCUAUGAGGACAUGUCCUCCUACACAUAUCCUUAAGAGUAGUAAACUAAUAUAUAUAUAUAUAUGUAACUGUGUAGUAACAUUAUUUUGAAGUGAAACGUGUUUAUGAGGUCGGCAGUAGCUUUUUGUCAAUACAGAACUAUAGUACCAUGCAAAAGAAGUGCCUGGGACCAACUGUGGUGGAGAACUAACUAAUUGCAACUCUUCUGUAGAACAGGAAUUCUUAGUUUGCACUGGCCUUUUUAACACUAAGCCUUAAGUAGACAGCACGGUUGUGUUGAACAGGUUACUGGCCAAAGUAUUGUAUGAGCAGGCCCAUGAGGGGUUGAAGAUUACUGUAAUUGAUGUUAAUCGGCUCAGAUUUUUUUAAAAACCCAUUUUGUUUUGUUGAAAACUUCUUCUAAUGGUUUUACCUCGAAUCAGAAAAGUUGAAGUGCUUUACUUGUUAGUUAAUAAAAUUGUUUUACACAGUA